CGGUACUGACUAAUACACGAACAAUAUUAUUUAUGUUCCCCCACUGGCCGAAUUCGGUUAACUAACAGUGCGAUGAGCUGCAUUAGUUCCGAAAGCUAUGUGUGUUUGCCAAGUUAAAAGAUAACAAAACCCGAGCGAUAACAUUUCGCCACAUUCAUUUAAACAUCGAUCGGUUUGUGUAAAUCAGCUCCUUCAUGUUUUUAGUUUAAGCCGGUAGAAAUCUCGGUAAAAAUAACUCGAUUUUCGUUUAAAAAUCACGACCAAUGUGAUGACAGAGAGGUGUGAGUUGAGUGACAACGAUGAAGCGGCAAAGCAGAGCACGACAUCUCUGCAGAUCAAUAACUGGUGUGAAAAUGAGGAUAACUCCACCUUGGAUAAUACCAAGCAAGGAACCGAGGAAGCGAAUGACAUAGAGUACUGUCUCGAACUCAUACCUAACUUAAAUGACGACGCUCACAGUCUAAUCAUUGAAGGAACGUCGCAGACCAAACAUGAGAAUCGAAUCGAAAAUUUGGCGGCGAACAACGUUGGUGCCAUACACAUCGGCGACCGUAUAUAUGUUAAUGGAGAUGCCGAAUUCACUGGCAACAUUGGAGGAUCGAUUUAUCAGAAGAGGCUUAGAGAGAGCUUAGAGAAUCGGUCAGAUUGCACAAAGAAAGUGCAAUCACUACUACCAUAUGGUCCAUUAUACGUUCUAAUAAUAUGCAUAGGCGGAUUAGUUGCUUUACUGAUAUUACAAGGCAGUUAUAAAGUCAACAGUACGAUACCAAUUGACCAAUAUGUUAAUCGUUCUUCCUGGAAUGCCCGACCACCCACGAAUAUAACCGAAGUAAAAAAGUUUCCUUUCCUUAACAUAGAACACACAAAAACCGAGAGUUGCAGUGAUUUUUCCAGCUGUUCUAGGAAACUUCGCCAAAUCCAGGAGAACGAUAUGGACAUGUUACACUAUCCAGACGUCAAAUACAACUUUUUGAUUGGAGGUGACGGAAAGGUUUACGAAGGUAGAGGCUGGGGUGUCAAAAAUGAAAUGGAUAACGAUGCGAAUGUGGCACUUAUCGGAGACUUCUCAACUAGUAGUCCUUCAAAUAGUAUGAUUCAGGCCAUAAACGUUUUGAUUGAUAGAGGGACAUCAAACGGUAGUCUUCAUUUUUCCAGCGUGCACAUAAAAUGCAACCAGAGCCUUCCGUUUUGUAGAGACAUUAUGUUAGACUCGAAGUUAAAGAACUUUAUUUAGUGAUAUACAUAUACAGGAUGCCCUAAUAUCCGUGGAUAUCGAACUCCGGCAUGUUUUUCUAAUCAAAAUCAGUUUAUUGGACACAAUUUACCUCCUACCUCCUAUAUAUUAUACAUAUACAGUGCACACCUAGCUGAAUGAUACUAUGAGGGUAAUAUCGUCUAAGGCUAAAAACAUAGUGGUGCGACGAGGAGAGCGGCGAGCAAGCAGCGCGAUAUCGCGUCGAUCGAGCCUCGAGGUGCUAAAACAUAGUAGAGUGGCGAGGAAUAGCGAGGUACUUGCAAUUUUAUUAGUUUCAUUUACUUAUUUAUUAUUUCAAAUGUUAACAGCAGCUAAAAUUCUGGACAGUAAUGUCGCAAACAUUUGGUUUAUUCGAAACCAACAAACGAAAAGAUGUGGUGUACAUGAAAUUUUCAACACCCGGAGAGAUAACUUAUCUAAAAUAUACCGGUUAUGGUGAUUACUAUCUUUUUAUCCAAUCAAAACUCUCUUACAAACACUAAAUCUAUUAAUUUUUGGAAAUCCAUUGUUUUCUACAGCGCGACAAAGCGACGAAAACAAAAUAAUUU